GCUCAUUUAAAUAUCCGUGAUGUAAAGUAGCGGUUAGUCCACACGUCAUGUUCAGCAGCGAGCCUGUUAUCUUCUACCCCUCUCAGUGACCAAGGCACCCUCGUGUCCGGCCCCCCACCCCCAGGUGAGCAGUGUACUGCGGUUGGCUCCCCCUGCUGGCCGCAGCGAGACACUACACCCGUGACGCUGUGUGAAGACUGCUGCAGCGCGUGGCUGCGACGUUUUUUUGGAGUGUUUGUUUCCCCGCCGACAGUAAAGACAUCAUGGAGACCAAACCUGUUAUCACCUGCCUUAAAACCCUCCUCAUCGUCUAUUCCUUCGUCUUCUGGAUAACGGGGGCCAUCCUGCUGGCGGUGGGAGUAUGGGGGAAGUUGAUGCUGGGCCCUUACAUCUCGCUCAUCGCCGACAACUCAACCAACGCCCCCUACGUCCUCAUCGGCACCGGGACCGUCAUUGUCGUUUUUGGCCUGUUUGGAUGCUUCGCCACGUGCAGAGGAAGCCCAUGGAUGCUGAAGCUGUACGCCAUGUUUCUGUCGCUGGUCUUCCUCGCUGAAUUGGUGGCCGGGAUUAGCGGAUUUGUCUUCCGCCACGAGAUUAAAGGAACAUUCCACAGGACGUACACUGACGCUGUGCUCAACUACAACGCUGAGGACGAGGCCAGCCGUGCUGUUGACAACCUGCAACACCGACUGCGCUGCUGCGGCGUCUACAACUACACCAGUUGGUUUGCCAGCGUCUACUACCCGCCCAACGGUAUGCCCGCCAGCUGCUGCAUGAACGCCUCGGACUGCAACCCCAUCGACCUCCGUAACGCGACCGUGGCCCCCAACAAAGUCUACCACCAGGGAUGUUACGAGCUGGUCACUUCCUUUAUGGAGACCAACAUGGCCAUCAUUGCAGGUGUGACGUUUGGCAUCGCCUUCUCUCAGCUGAUUGGCAUGUUGCUGGCCUGCUGUCUGUCCAGGAUCAUCACAGCCAAUCAGUACGAGAUGGUCUAGCGGACGUCACGAGGCAGUGAGAUGAAGAGAAGAUAACAAAGAGAGCGACACACACGACAGUACUUUUUUCCUUCUACUAACACUAAUCACAUGUCUCUCUUUGUCUCGCUGCCUGCCGACAUCCCAUAAUGUUAACAUCUGACUUACUGUAAACGCAUCAUUCCCACCGUAGAGCUUUGAGCACCACACACCACACUGUCUGGACUUAAUACUGCUUUUCCUUCACACUUUUUGUAGCAGUCACUGCUGAUAUAGCUCGGUUGGUAGAGCGGCUGUGCCGGCAACUUCAGGGUUGCAGGUUCAAUCCCCACUUCUGCCAUCCUAGUCACUGCUGUUGUACCCUUGGGCAAGACACUUUAUCCAAGUGCCACUCACACUGGUUUAAAAAUGUAACUUAGAUAUUGGUUUUCACUAUGUAAAGCUUUGAGUCACUUGAGAAAAGCCGCUAUAUAAAAUUCACCUAAUUCACAAUUAGCACACGUCAGUCACCAAAUAUAUUGUAUGUUUGGCUCGCAGACACCAGGGGGUGCUGUUGGACUGCCAGCUCACUGGAUGACAUGAAUCAGGGCGGAAGUGUAGAGAAGAAAAAACAUGCUAACUCAGCAGAAUUUGUUCACAUAUACCGUACAAGAAAUCUACGACAUUUUUUGUCCUAAUAAGAAUUCUUAAAGUUGUAACGCCGUUACUUUGAAAAUAAGGAAUUCCCCUUUUUUAUGUACGAUAACUUCAAUCAUGGCAUAAUAAUAUUCAACUUAAAUCCCAAUUCAGUACGACGCUACUGCGAGUUUGUUUGAAAACGACUUUCGCAAUCUUUCAGAUUUGUUGAUAUAUUAUGACUUUAACUUUCAAAAAAAAUAAAAAUUUUCUCCGAAUAUGAUUUUAUUUUUGAGACAUGACUUUGUUUCUUGCAACAUUACAACUCGUAAAACAACAGAAGACUUAUAGCUUUUCAAAAUGUAUUUUGAAAGUACGACUUUUUCAAAAUCAAGUUGUUUUUCGUAAUGUAUAACUUUGUUCUCGUAAUAUUACAACGUUUUAUUUAAUUUAAAAGUACGACUUAAACAACUUUUUUCUCCUAAUAAAACUUUGUUCUGGUAACAUUACCACUUUGUUUCUUGCCACAUGACUACUUUUUGCUGUGCUAAAAUGGCGGACGAUGUACAAAAUAACGACAUAUUUCGAAGGACCACUUUUCUUGCACGAUACAACUUAUUUCUCGUAAUAUUUGAUUUUAUUCUUGAAACAUUACAACUUUGUUUUUAUUUUUUGCAGUAUUACUACUUGAUUUAAAAAAGGUUAGAAAUCAGGUUUGUUUUUUUUAUGAUACCAUGACUUUGUUUUCAAAAGUAACAUCUAUCGUAAUGUAUUCUCGAAACAUUUCAGAGGACAUUUUUCUUAAAGUACAACUUUGUUCUCUUAAUAUUUUGACUGAAUUGAUUCCGCCCGAUUGUAGCUGAGAUAGGCGCCAGCGCCCCCCGCGACCACAAAAAAGGGAAUAAGCGGUGGAAAAAGGAAGGAUGGAUGGAUGGAUUAAGAAGUACAACAUUAUUUGAAGACCUACUUCUUUUGGACUCUACAUUUUUUUUUCUCUCGUGAUAUUCAAGCGUGUGCAUUGUGAUAUUACUACUUGAUUUAAAAACGGGCAAACCGUAACAAUUUUUCUUACGAUAAUACGCCUUUCCUUUUCAAAUUUGUCAUCUACGAUUUUGUUGUCGUUAUAUAGUGACUUUAUUUUCCAAAUAUGUGCGACGUUAUUCUUCUUACAACUUGUUAAUACGUGUUUUGGUUUUUUUGUAACUGUUUAGAAAUUGCCUUUAUUUCCUUAACACAACUGUACUAAAAAAUUUACGACUUUGUUUCUGGUAAUAUUACGACUUUAUUCUCGAACUUACGACUCUCUUAAUAUUUCGACGACCAGAUUUUUUUUUUAAACUCUUGUUCUUUUAAUUUCAUGAUUAUAUAUUCGUACAAUUGAACUAACACUUUUUUAUAGUAAAAAUCACAAUUCCACAAAGUAAAUGGAAAAAAAAAUCCCCCUCAAACUUGAUUGAUUCUUGCAGUAUUUUUGCUUUUCCUCAGUUCUUCCAUGAUUGAAAUAAAAAAUAUUAAAACGAAUAAGUUUUGAUGAAAGGACACUUGACUCAAACUGGGAUAAAGUGCACAGUGUUCUGUGUGGUGCAUCAAAUGUCUUCAUUAUCAUCAUCAUAUCUGUAGAUAUGUACUGUAAAUGUCAUUUAUAAUGAUGUCACGUUUCUCAUUCUAAUAUGCUCAUUGGAAGAAUCUACUGUUUAGCUGUAUUUGUUUGCACUGAUCGAUAGUUGUAGAUCAAUAGACUUCUUGUGGACUUUGGCAUUACAGCUUUUACCAAGUGAGUCUCUUUUUUUUCCCUUAGUUUGUGUGCAAAAAUGAUUGAGAUCAUUGAACUAUUUUCCUUCUGUGAUGUACUGGAGUUACUUAUUAAAUAUUGUGUUUAUUGAGUUUGUAGGUCAGUAUUUGAUGGUGGCUUUUUUUUGGUGAAAAUACUUAACUACUCGCUAUUAAAGCUGUACGGUUAUUUUCGUGAUUUUAAUGUUGUCUUGUAAAUAUGAAACUGUAAUGCCAUCCAGCUUGCACAUGGGGUCACCAGACACCCCAAAACUACACCAUAAUGUCUACUAUUAAUUGAAGUCACCAUCUGAGGUCUUAUUAUUAUUAUUAUUAUUAUUAUUAUUAUCAAUAAAUUGACAAAUGGAACUUG